CCGGACAUCUGGGCGAAAGACGGCUACUACAGCCGCCGAAUCACUCACACUCCGAACCCGGGGAGAAACAUCUAGCGGCCGUCCAGCAACCUUGCUGGACGCUGUGGCAGCACCGAACAGUUUUAACGAAUAGGACCAAGUCUGAAGCCUUAGGAUACUCUGGAUUGAGCUGAGAUGAAAGACCAAUAGUACAGGUUAUUUCUACUGGCCUGUCUCUGACAUUUCUUCCUGGGGGAAAUAGAUACAGAAGUCAUCUGCACGCCACGGUCAAUACUACUUCGCUGAGUUCCAACUUCAACUCCAGGGAAUUUAGCCAACCGCUGUAACAGGCUAUUAUGUAUCGAUCCACAAAGGGAGCGUCGAAGGCUCGGCGGGACCAAAUUAACGCAGAGAUUCGGAAUCUGAAGGACCUGCUUCCCAUCACCGACGCAGACAAGGCACGACUUUCAUACCUACAUAUCAUGUCCCUUGCCUGCAUGUACACAAGGAAGUCGGUCUUCUUCUCUCAAGAGUCGGGAUCGGCUGGCAGUCUAGAGGAAUGCGCAAGGUUCUUGUCUUUCCACGAGCUUUCGGAGCUGGUACAAGAGCUACCAGGCUUUCUGCUUCUGCUGACCGGGGAAGGCAAGCUGCUCUACCUAUCUGACAGCGUCUCCGAGCACCUCGGCCACUCCAUGGUGGACCUGGUUGCCCAGGGCGACAGUGUGUAUGACAUCAUUGACCCAAGUGACCACUUCAUCAUGAGGACUAACCUGGCUCCCCUUACAUCUCCUGACACAAAUCGCCUGUUCCGUUGUCGUUUCAACACCUCCAAGUCCGUGCGCAGGCAGAGCGCCGGGAACAAGCUGGUUUUGAUCCAGGCACGCUGCCUGUCCCCUCCCAUCUCCUCUGCCAUGCCCAGCUCCUACUGGACAUCCAACCCAGUCUGGAUGUGCUUCUGUUCUCCCCUGGAGUCUCUCCCCACCAGACCCAGCCCUGGGGGGGAGCAGGCUUCCGCCGUCGCCGCCCCUGUGGCCCUGGGUGGUUUCUUCCUGGCCUCCUUCCUGUCUCAGCACAGCCGAGACAUGAGGCUCCAGAACGCUCAGGACAGCGUCAGUGUUUAUCUGGGCCUCGACGUGGACGCCCUGAGGUCCCGCUCCUGGUACAGCCUGCUACACCCACAAGACCUGACGCACGCAUCCGCCCAGCACUGCAGCCUGUUGAAGGAGGGAGGAGAGGGAAGAUCAGAGAUGGUGGUGCGGGUGGAGACGGCUGACCACUCCUGGGUGUGGCUGUACAUGGUGCUCCAGCUGGAGAGUGGAGACAGCCCCAUCGUCAGCAACAACUACGUCAUCAGUGAGGCGGAGGCUUGGUCGGUGCGACAGCAGCUAACCACGGAGCAGACCCGGUUGACACUGGUCCUGUCCACCUCCCACCAGGACAGCCUCAGCCUGUCCAGCCCGGACCAGGUGUUCACCCCCGGCAGCAGUGGCCUCUCGGCCCAGUCCUUCGACUUCAGCGUGACCCUGUCCAGCAGCGUGGGCUCCUCCGACGAGACAGGGGGCGCCGCCGCCGAGCCCAUGCAGGUGGAGGGCGACCCGCGCUCCAGCAUUUCUUCCCUGGAGGAGGAGGCAUUCUUCCAGCAGAAGCCGGCCCCGGCCCAGACUCCCUCCGCUGCCUCCUCCCCGACCCCGGUGACCGUUGCCACGGUGGAAGACCUGGACUUCCUGACCCAGAACAUUCUCCUGCCCCCCUCCUUCCAGCUGGAGCCGCCGCUGCCGGCCCUGCCCCUCCCCCUGCCCCUCCCACCGCCGCCAGCCCUCCCCCUGCCCCUCCCCCCAGUGCCCACCUCCCAGCCACAGCAGACCAAAGAAAUUGUUUGCACGCCCCCCUACACCCCCCAGCUGGGCGGGGGCAGCUUCCUGUUCGGCGAGCCUCUCUUCAGCUUCGACCCCACGGGCACCACCACGCCCCCUCCCUCCGCCUCCACAGCUACAGCCACCACGUCCGUUGCCCCAUCCCGCUCCCCCUCCGCGCCUCCCACUACGGCCACCAGCCCGGCUCCCCCCUCCUCUCUGUCCACCUUGCUGCCGCUGUGCUUGACCCCCCCCUCCACCAACCUCCUCUUCCCAGCCGACCAGUGCAGUGGCUCUCUGUAUGAGAAGCUCCCCCCCACCCCCGACAGUCCCGGGGGCGGAGACUGUACAGUAAUGACUCUGCCUGAGGUUAGGGGGCCCUUGUAUGUAGAUGUCCCUUUAGGGCCACUCCACUAUCCCCCCGAGGGCCUCUUGACCCCAGAAGCGUCCCCUGGCAAACAGUCCUGCCUCUCCUUUUUCUCCCCGGAGAGGGAGAAGGAGAGGGCUGAGAUCUCCCUCCUAGCGCAGCACAUCAGCUCCCUGGCGGAGGGAUUCUACCUGGAUCCUCUCUUGUCCAAGCUGUCCCCCCCUUCCAUGUCCCCGUCCUCCUCCCCUCCCUCCCCCUCCCUCUCGCCGUCCUUGGACACGGCUGCCGUGGACUCCAUCCACGCGCUGGGGGAGUUUUACCCCGUGAAAGCAUGGAGAGGCCUGGACUUCCCCUUGUUCCACGACGACGACGACGCUCUUUUUGAGGAGAGCCUCUUAGAAACACUUCUCCAAGACUUCUCCAGCUCUCCCCCUCUUUCCCCCGCCCCCUCCGUCACUCCGCCCUCACCGCCAAGCCCGGUGUGCUGGCAGCCCCCGUCCCACUUCGAGGGGAUCGGCCACUUCAUCCAAUCGGCACGGUGUAACCCAGCGGCGGGGUGCGGGACCACAUUGGCCAGCGAGGUCGGGGCGUCGUCAGAAGGGGAAGGUCCGGGGGAGGAGCCUAUGGAGGUGGAGGUGGCGUCAUCGCCUCUGUCCUCCUGCUCCUCAAUCCCAACAUCCCCUCCGCUGCGACUUACCGCCUCCCCAGCCUCCACCCCCACCACGCCCGGCGCCUCCUCCACGUCCGCCGUGCCUUGUACCCAGUCCCUCCUGGAGGAGCUGGCCUCCCUGGAACCCAUGUUUGGGGCAGGAGCCUCGAUCGGCCCCGGCCUAGGGCAACAACCUGAGUUGUAUCAACUCCAGUGUCACCAGCCUCCACAGUGCUUCCACGAAGAUGGGAGUGAAAGUGUUCCUCCGUUCUAAAAUAAGUCUGUGACUUACUUCAUUAAGUAUGGCAUAUUGUCAUAUUUCGUGGAGCUAUUUUACUGAAAAGUAAAGAUUAUCUAAGUGUAUAAAUAUAUACAUAAUGUAUACUACUAAAGGACUUUAACUCCUACAUGUCUACGGAGAACAAAGAUUAACUUCAUAUUUUUGUUCAUGUACUACUACUUCAUGUAUUUGUUAUUUAACAAAUGGUGCAACAUUUACUUAAUGGUGCAAAAUAUAUCAACCGAAUGGACUCAUAACUGACUGAGUUUUGGGUCCAUCCGAUGCAGCUAUUCAGUUACACAAGCUUCAGAUUUGAUCAGAGGGAGACAUAACAAAAUCUCUGACCUUGUAAAGCGCAGUUUAACUUCCAGACGCGCAUUUGUAUUCACUCGUAGUGAAAAACCUGUUGUGAACAAAAAUAAUUCUACAAUCCUUGAUAUUUCAAUAGAAAAGCACUAAUGCAGCGCCGCAAACCCAAAUCACAAAGGUGGUGAAAGUCUAUGUUUACAAAAUCUCUACUGAACUGGUUCAACCGCUGAUAGUUGCUGACAAAUGCAGACUUGAUUUCGUCAAUAUUCAGUUUCCAGAGAGAGAGAGACCCAGUGUAAUCUUAUCUUGUCAUCACCUUAAAGGCUUUUUCAAAAGGCACAAAGACUUCAGUCAAACUAAUGAAAAACUUCCGGCACUUUCAGGUUUGGGUUAGCGGGCUGCGCAUUUUUAAACGUUUAACCUCAUGUUACUUUAUUCAUUACACGCUUGUGUAUCGAUGUUAAUGACGUGCAAAAAAUAAUAAUACAACACAAAAAUACGUGAAGACAGACAAGAUCUUGGAAUGUCCACAAGGAAGAAUGACGACAAAGGUUUCUGCCGAAGGGAAAUCGUCUGGAAGUUACUCAACAGCUAUGAGCGGUUCUGCUGUCCGCAGGACCGGCACAUCGUGCAACAGACUCUGAAUGUGGGCUUCUCGGGUCACUGUUCUCUUGGGCUUGGCUUGAAGGGUGGCCCUGCUGGAUUUCCUUGCGGCAUCAAUAUUUGCAAUGCCGGCAACUUCCAGCGGCUCCUGGGUUCCUGGCGCGGCCAUGACCUGCUCAACUCUGAACUCUAUCUGAACUCUUUCUUCAUGUCCAUGAACCAGUGGACAGUCGCGUCGUAGCUCUUCUGGAGCAACGGUGUAAUGAGACACAACAAAUAAGACUUUGUGAAUGAGUGUGUGAUUCUUCUUUUUUGAGAGGGGUUGAAAAAAAAAAUGGAAGUUUUGUUUUAAAAAAUGACCUGAAAACAGUGUGAAGGGGUGCUAUAUCUAUUCAGUUCCUCCUUAGCGACACGGCCGGAGAAUGGUACUAUUCCCGUGAUGUCGACAUGCUAACGUAGAGUUGUCUACGGUCAAGUAAAGGAUUGAUUCCUACAUUCUAGCUAUUAAAUGCUAAGUUUAACAUACGUGUAAGUAUUAUAUUGCGUGUUAUAUUGAGAAAAAAUACGAUCAGUGUUCAAUGCAUACUGCAUUAUGUCUGUGGAUAUAUGCAUAUGUGUUUUUUUUUUUUGAAAGGUUGUACACAUUUGUACAUUUGUAAGAAUAUAUCAGUCUGUACAGCUCAGAUAUAUUUCUAUUGUUUUAGACGGACUAGAAACACACGACGGUAUGUUGAAGAGCGGACAUUGUGGAUCAGUGUUCUCGUGUUGCUAAUAAGUGUAUUUGGCUGUAAAACAAAUGCAUUUAUAUUAAAGUGCACUUAAAGCGG